AUGCCACGGCGAGAUUCGAAAGCGAGCGGCGGCGCCGGCGCGCUGUCGUUCUUCCAGAGCCUCAGCGCGUCCGAGCGCGCGGAGCUGCUGGAUAUCGCGCCGAUGCUGCGCGGCGUGCGCCACGAAGCUCCCCCCGUCGAUCCCCCGACCGAGCGCGUCGGCGACGUCCUCGGCGUCGUCGGCGGCGGCGACAGCAGCGACGACAGCGACGCGUCCUCCGGCGCGGACGACGACGACGACGAGACCGGGACCGGGACGACGCGCGCGGCGGGGGCGCGCCGCGCGAGGAGGAGGAGGAGGGACGCGGACAUCGAAGACAUCGACGACCGCGCGAUCGCGAGCGCGACCGCGACGACGCCGGCGACGAUCCGAAGAGGGGUCAUCAAGACGCCUCUCACGUCGACGUCGACGCGCGCCGGCGUAUCCGGCGGCGCGUCGCCGUACGCGCCCUCGGACGUCACGCGCGACAUCGCGAACCGCGAGUCCGACCUGCGGUUCGAGGUGGAGCGCCUGCGCGCGACGAACGCGCGCCUCGAGAGCGAGUGCGACGCCGCGAGAGCGCGCCUCGACGCGUCCAGGCGCGCGCACCUCGCGACGGAGUGCGCGCUGACGGAGCAGACGCGAGCGCUCGACGACGCGAGGACGCGCGCGAUCGGCGAGGGCGCGAUGCGCGCGGGCGCGGCGGAGGACGCGUGCGCGCGGCAACGGCGGAUGCUGCGAGAUCUCGCCGUGGCGUCCGAGGGAUUGGCGCGAGACAACGCGGCGCUCUCCGCCGAGUUGGACGCGUGUCGCGCGCGGCUCGAGAGGAGCUGCGAGGACAACCGCGCGCUCCACGACAAGGUGCGCAGCGCGCAGCGGCUGUAUCUCGCAGGGCAGAGGGACGCGGAGGCGCGCGUCGAGGAGGACGACCUCCGCGGGGGGUGGGCGCGGAAGAUGGACGCGCUGUGCGCGAACGAGGCGCUGUCCGAGUCGCGGCCGCCGGCGUCGUUCACGGGGGUUCGUAACGCUCGAUCUUUGAGCGUUACUGGCGGCAGCACGCCGCCGGCGACGACGUCCAGGAGCGACAACCCGAACAGCACGAAUCGACACGUCGCGGGGGAUCUCUUCCAGGAGCGACAGAAGCUUCGGCACGAGGUGAGUCGGUUGACGCGGCGACUGCGCGACGCCGCCAACCGCGCGUCAAACGCGGAGGAGGAACUGCGACGCGUGAAGGAGAUCGCCGCGGAGCGACGAAUGGCGGACGCGCGGCGACGCGAUCGCGAUCGGAAGCAGCUCGCGGGCGCGGUCCGGCGGCUGCGGUGGCUCGUGGAGCGCGUGUCGUCGCUCGAGUCCGCGGCGAAAGAGACGGAUCGAUACGUGGAAGCGUUGGAAGGGAAGCUGCUGAAAGCGCACGCGCGCGCGAUCAAUCGCGCCAAGACGGCGAAGCUGAAGUCACACACCCCGAUCGCGUCGAUGGGCAGGGGCGAGAUGGCGUACACCCUCGGCGCGGCGGGCGUGGGGGGGACGGAGUGGGGACGAAGAAUCGCUUCGCCGCGGUUCGCCGCCGACUACGCGGACGACGACGGCUCCGAGGCGGACGAGUUACUGGACGGGUUGAAUCCUCCCGGUAACUCGACCGCGAGCGGGGUCGGGGGGGUGGGUCGCCGGUUCGGAUCGCGCGAGCGCGAGCGCGGCGGUGCGCGAGGCGCUGGCGAUGGCGAGGCGCGCGAGGGAGGAGGGGGAGGUCGAGACUGA